CCGAAGACGGUUACAAAUUCAUAGGUUUUCUGAACACGCACCCUGUAAAAUCGCUUUCACCCUUGUGCCGCUAAGUAUUUGAUGUAAUAUCGGUGCGAAAAGUGUUUGGAAUUCAAAUUUAAGCACGCAGUAUUGAUAAACAUCGUGAUUAAUGUCAGGAAUUGCAAUCGCCAGGCUCGCCGAAGAGCGAAAAGCAUGGAGGAAGGAUCACCCUUUUGGAUUUGUAGCACGACCAAUUAAAAAUCAAGAUGGAUCUCUUAACUUGAUGAGUUGGGAGUGUGCAAUACCUGGAAAGAAAUCUACACCAUGGGAGGGUGGAUUAUAUAAGUUACGCAUGAUUUUCAAGGAUGAUUAUCCCUCUAGUCCACCAAAAUGUAAAUUUGAACCUCCUCUAUUUCACCCAAACGUUUAUCCUUCAGGAACCGUAUGUUUGUCACUCUUAGAUGAGGAAAAAGAUUGGAGGCCUGCUAUUACGAUCAAACAAAUUUUACUUGGUAUACAAGAUUUGUUAAAUGAACCUAAUGUUAAAGAUCCAGCUCAAGCAGAAGCGUACACAAUAUAUUGUCAAAAUCGCUUGGAAUAUGAGAAACGUGUAAGAGCCCAAGCUAGAGCGAUGGCUCCACAGGAAUAAGACUAUAUUAAGUCCUUAAUUCAGAUAUUCCAACUAUAUACAGAGGUUAUCGUAUACCCAUAGUAUAUUCUAAUAUCAAUCUAUAUUUCUUAUCUUUUUUAUAAGUGACAUUAAUAUAUAAUGUAUCUAAUUUACUAUUUGCAUUUUUUGUUCAUGUGGUAAAAUUCUUAAGCAUAAUCGUUACAUCCUCUAUAGACAUGAUGCUAAUUUUCGAAAACUCAAAAAACAGGAUAUUAUGUUCCAUUUAAAAAUAUCGCAUAAUAUGGUAUUAAACUAUAACCAAAUUUCCUUAUUGACAUUCACGUAUCUUUGUAUGAUUUGAAAAUAAGCAUUUUAUUUAAGGUACAAUUUAUUCAUAAGUUUUAGUAGCUAUUACUAGUAUCUAGGAUGAUAUUUGAGGUAAGCUACGCGAAGGAAGAUAAACAAUACUAUUCUGACACUUCUUUCUGCAAAUUUCAAAUCAUUAUUCAAGUCAUUAUCCUUCAAAAAUGUAUUUGAAAAUCUUGUAAGCAUUGUACAAAUCUUAAGGAAUAAAGUAUUCUAGGUCACCUUAA